GAGACGAAAUGCGGCAGAAGGCUCGUACAGAUGAUCAGAGCGGGACGCACAGACAGAUUUUCAUCUCCUUGCCGUCGUCACUUCCCCGUGUUUUACUUCCCCACAUUGUGCCUUAAUUUGCUUUUGCACCUGUCCCACAUCGUCCUCGCAUACUGAGGAGCACUCCACCUCCUUGUCACCUCCUUGUCGUCAUGCUUUUUAUCAUUUCUUCUUCCACACGUUCUCCACUUUAGCUUUGACCCUUCUGUCGUAGCCAUGCCUGUGCUCAAGGGCCUGUGGAGUCCCGAGCUCUGCCAGGAUGAGCCACCAAGCUCCCCGGUCUGGGGGCGUGCCAGCGCCAGGCCACCACUGAAGACCUCGCCAGUCACCUGUGGUGGCCUGGCGCUGGCACUGGAGCUACAGGCGCUCAUGCGGCAGCUGCGAGUUGCCUGGCGCGCGUGCAGGGGGAGAUCCCAGAAGUCCGAGAGGCGUCAGGCUUGGGUGGAAGGCGUGGAAGAUGACGGGGAGGAAAAGGAAGAUCCUUUUCAUCAUCAGGAAGAGCAAGUGCAGCAUGAAGACAGUAGCGCACAUCUGGAAGGAGCUAGCACGCCAAAUGGUUGUCUUAGUAGUGUGCUGCUGGCUGAGAGAAGAGGCUCUUACCCUUUGAUGGACAAGCACAUCGUUAAGACCUGUGACCAGCAGCGGGAGCUGGAGUCCGUCAGAAGGAAGAAGGUGAAUACUUUGCUGAGUUUCCAGAGGUACUGCCAUGCUUCACGCCUCCUGAGGGGCUUGCUGCCCUGGACCCCCGAGUCCCUGCAUCUGUUGGACUACGACUACCUGGGCCAGGCUGCGCACAUGCUAUCAAAAGUGGGCUCCUGGAACUUUGACAUUUUCCUGUUCGACCGACUUACAAAUGGUAACAGCCUAGUGACGUUAAUGUGCCACCUCUUCAACAUCUACGGUCUCGUUCAGCACCUCCAGCUGGACAUGGUCAAACUGCACAGGUUCCUCAGCAUGGUGCGGAGUGACUACCACUUCCAAAACCCCUAUCACAAUGCCGUGCACGCGGCCGACGUCACCCAGGCUAUGUACUGCUACCUGCAGGAGCCCAAGCUAGCAGAGCAGCUGAGUCCACUGGACGUCUUCCUGGGCUUGAUGGCUGCCGCUGCCCACGACGUGGACCACCCGGGCGUCAACCAGCCGUUCCUCAUCAAGACCCAACACCAUCUGGCGUCGCUCUAUCAGAACACGUCAGUGCUGGAGAGUCACCACUGGAGGUCGACGGUGGGCAUGCUGCGAGAGUCACAACUGUUGUCACACCUCCCUGCUGACAUGUCGCAAGAAAUCGAACAGCAGCUGGGCUCGCUGAUCCUGGCCACAGACAUCAGCAGGCAAAACGAGUUCCUGCUCACCUUCAGGGCGCAUCAGGAUAACCAGGACUUGGAUCUGCGAAUGGCGUCGCACAGGCACUUCAUUUUGCAGAUCGGCCUCAAGUGCGCAGACGUUUGCAACCCGUGUCGCGUUUGGCCGCUCAGCAAGCAGUGGAGUGAGAGGGUGUGUGAGGAGUUCUUCAUGCAAGGCGACCUUGAGAGGAAGUUCAACUUGGAGAUCAGCCCGCUGUGCGACCAGCAGGCCCACUCGGUCCCGGCCAUCCAGAGUGGCUUCAUCUCGUACAUCGUGGAGCCUCUUUUUGCCGAGUGGCACCGCUUCACCGAACCCAGCGCCCUGAGCCGCACCAUGACAGCCCACCUGCGCCGGAACAAGGCCCACUGGAACCGCCUGCUGCACGACGCCCAAACGCGGCCCCCCGACCCCGAGGAGGACGUCCGGUAAUCGUGGCCUACAUGCGUCGUGAGGUUUUAAUCAAUGAAUUGAUGUUUAAGAAACUUUUUUCACAACAUGGGUGCAUCAAAUUAGAAACUGGUUUGAAACUGAAUUUAUUUCAGUGGUUCAAAUUAAAAAGUGAAACUUGUUCAUUAUUUUAGUUUCUAUAAAUAACAGCUUCCCAAAAUCCACCAUGUAAAGAAAUUAAAAUAUGGUGGCAUUUCAGUUGUUUAAUUCAAAAUUGUAACUCUUAUUAUCGAGCAGCUAAGUGUGGAACGAGGGCUCCAUUUAGUGUUAUGGGAAAAAAUAUGUUUUGACAAAAUGGUCAACAUUUAAAUCGUAACACAAUGAAAAUGUUAGAAUGAAGCGCACAGGUAUGCAUGCAUUCUGUUUAAACUUUUUUUUUAAAUUCAAUACAGGUUAUUUCGGUACAAUUUUUAUUUAUGUGCAAUAUAUUUUAGUUGAAUCAUUAUUUUGAGUAGAAAUUUGUUCUUUUCAUACACUGAAGCAAAGUGUUAAUUUGUGUGUGUACAUAAUGUUACUGUUGCCCAGAAUAGUAUCAAAUAUACUUUUUAUGAAAAACACAUGCCUUGUUUUUGAUGAACACUUAACGCCUACUACGCUACUGCAUUUUAAUAUUGGUCAUCAGGUAUUACCUGGAGAGAUUAAAUAUUUAUUUUAGGUGGUACUUGGUGUAAAAAUUCUACGCAUCUGUUAUAUAGUCACUACACAGUGAUAUUUCAGAUUUAUUACAAUUUUUAUAAUGAAAGCUUCUAGUGAGCAAAAAAAAUCAUCUCAAGAAGUUGAAUAUUGCAUAUAUAAAACAGUCAAAAAUAAUGUGAUAAUGUGGUUGCACAUUGCCCACUCUUAACUAAAUUAGGAAGUGUCCUGAAAACUGUUUUCCUGCACAUUUAAUGAAUUACGUGACUUUUUUAAAUUGAACUAUUGACAGAAAUUUAGUUUUGUACAAUAUUCUAAUUACCUAAGAUGCUCUUUUCCACUUUUUAUGCACUUCUUAUGCUUAUUUAUAAUUAUUUAAGUGCUCCUACAUUUCGCUGAAGGAAGAAGCUUAAAGCUGCUCCUGGAAGAAAACAAAACAGUUGAAGGAUGCUUCAAAACACAAAAGUGUCGCCAUGUUUGUUGAACCAAAAAAAAAAACAGGAUUUCCUGCAACAGUAUGACAAUUAGCUUAGUAACACAUUUAAGUUGUGCAUUUAUUUCACAUAAACUGUACACUCAUGUUCAACAAGGCCUUAAUAGUUAUUUGGAAACACUUUUAUACCACCUGCGUUAUUCGCCACACACACACACACACACGUUUUCCUUGGGCUGCUCUACUGCAGAGAGUGGGCAAGGGCUAUAUUAUUUAGGCUGAAGCCUCAAAUUUAUUUUUAUAUAUUUUUUUUUAAAAUUCCACAAUCGAAAAGUAAUAUGGCAAUAAUAUUUUUUUAAAUAAAUACUGUGUAUUGUCACUGCAAAAAAGAAAAAAAAGAAAAAAAAAAGGUUUUAUUUUUUUGUUUGUAUUAUUUUUACUUCGCAGGCCUCAAAUCGUUUUUUUUCUUUUUAAAUCCACAUUUUAAAAGUAAUAUGACAAUAUAAUAUUUUUACUUUGCCUGCUCAACUACAGAAGGUAACAUGCAAGGCCUUUAUCAGGACUGAGGCCUCAAAUGUAUUUUUAUAUUUUUUUCAAAAUGUUCCACAGUUAAGAAGUAAAAUUAUAAUAAUUGUAUUUUGUCACUGCAAUAUAAUAUUAUUGUUUAAGUGUUUAUUUGGGGCGAGGCCUCAAAUAAAAAUUGUUGCCUCUGUUUUUGCACAAUUAAAAAUUAUUUGUUAAUCGCUGUUCAAUAAUAAAAAAAAACCUCAAAAUGUUUAUUUGAUUUUUUUUUGUUUUUCCCUCAUUUUGCUUCAACUAACUGCAGAGGGUAUUAGGCAUGGUCUUUUUCCACAGUUAAAAAGUAACGUAAUAUUGUAUACCAUCAUUGUGCAGUAAUAAAAGGAACAUUUUGUGAUUUUGUUUUUCUUUUCAUCCAAAAAAAAAAUUUUUUCUUUUAUUUGUGACUCACAAAAUUUGGAUUGAAAUGUUUUUUUAAUUGACUUUAUUUAUACUUUUUUAACUAUAACCAUAAAUCCUUUUUUUGUAAAACUAUUUUAAAGCCAUGAUUAAGGAUUUUUUUUUUUUACAAUUUGGACACAUGAUUAAGCAAUCUUUGGACACUGAACAAUAAAAAUGUAAAAAUGUGU